CAAGGACCAAAAUGUAGAUCCAAGUUCCAUAUUUCUUGCAGAUUCAGAUAAACCACACUGCCCAAAGGAGGUAACGAAGCACUUAAACGUUGAGAUGGUAUGGGAAGACUCCUAUGUCGGCGAAUCGACACAUCUCAAUAUUUCAGCCGACGGCUGGCUAAAAACAUUUAGCAGGAAGUGCAUUCAAGAAAACUUGGUGCCGAAAUGGAGCAGCUUGACUAUAAAAAUUACAAAUGGUACAACAGAUACAACACUACCCACUAUGGAGCCGCUGGGGAUAACCACGUUCCCACCUGCCACAGCGGCUUCAAUGUUAAUUAACGCAUCGCUGCUCGCCCACGAUUUACACCAAAGUCGGCACAUGUCCAAUGAAGACUACGAGCGUACGAUAGAGCAGCUGGAAGACCUGUGCCAAGAUGAGAGCCUAGCCGUGCCCGGCGUCUCCCGAGCCAUGGUCUUCUGUUUGAACGAGUUGCUGGUACACCACAAGGAGCACUUGAGUGCCGAAGGAGGUUUUAAUAAACAGAGGCUGCUGGACGUCAUAGAAAAGGUGGCUGAGAGGACGCCCUUAACGAACGGAUCUUUCAAAUACGUGGAGAAGCUGCUGGCAGUUUCAGGCUUCAGGCUACCUAGCGACACUACAGGAGAACUUGUCAUGUCCAUCUCUGGUUUUUUGUCCACUGGAGAUCUAACGGCAGGAAAUCUUGAUAUUGAGAUUAAGAAGAACAUCUCCACCGAAUCAACGUCCAUCAAUAUUCCGUUAACGUCUGUUUCGGCCAGUGUCAAAGAGGGAAGGAUAGUCUUUAUUGUUCAUGCGACGGAAGAACUGUUUGUUACGCAAAACUAUUCUGACCAGUACAUUGUUAAACCCAUCUUGUCGGCGAUAAUAUCAGGCGCUCAAGUAAACUUGGUUGAUGAGAGGAUCCUAAUAACCUUGUUACACGCAGAUAAAGGUACACACCAGCCCAGCUGUGUUUACUGGAACCGGUCGGACAGCGGAGAAUUGGGCCAGUGGUCGACGGAGGGCUGCGAGCUGGUCUCGUCAUCAGAGAACAAGACCAUCUGCGCGUGUAAUCACUUAACGAACUUCGGGCUUCUGAUGGAUAUAUACGAGGUAAAAGCUUCUAUUAGCGAGGCCCACCUAGAGAGGUUAUCUAUCAUUACAAUCGCGGGCAGUAUGAUAUCAUUUUGCUGCCUACUCCUAACUAUAUUUAAUUACACUAUCUUCAGUAAUUUGAGGAAAAAUACUCCCUCUAAAAUAGUAUACAAUCUGUGCUGGGCACUGAUGCUCUUCAAUGGCUUCUUUCUAUUGGGGCAUUUUACUACAGAUGUCAUAGAGGACAACUCUUCCUGUAAGGCCAUGGCUGCCCUACUACAUUACUCGCUACUCGCUGCUAUGUUUUGGAUGUCAGUAAAUGCAUUUUUCAUGUACAUAUCGGUGGUGAAGGUGUUUAACAUACAAAUCGCUUACUUUUUCUUGAAGUGUUUUCUGUUUGCUUGGGGUUUGCCUGCGAUAUUUGUUGGCAUUACGCUGCUUCUAAACGAAUCCAAGAACUAUGGAAAGAUUAACACAGAGUUCUGCUGGAUAAAGAAGCCGGCCUUCUACGUCACGCUAGUCUCACCCAUCUCGGUCUCCCUAGCACUGAACGUUUACGUUUUUUGUUUGACCAUGCGUGAAGUUUCCAAGAGCAACCGGAGGCAUUCGUCUCUCAUGAUAGGAGAGGAUAGAAACUUUAGGGUAAAUUUACGAGCGGCCUUCAGCCUUCUGAUACUGUUAGGCUUGACUUGGAUUUUUGCCUUCUUUACCUUCGGUCAGCUCGGAACGCUCUUUAGCUACCUGUUUUCGAUUUUUAACUCUCUACAGGGUAUGUUUAUCUUCACCUUUUACUGCUUGUUGAAACGGGACGUAUUAAAUGCGUGGAUGGUGUUAUUCGGCUAUAAGACCAACGAAAUCAUUUUCAGUAGUGCGUUCAGUGAAUCAUCAAGAUCCAGCUUAAGAAAACAUUCAAAAGGCGAUGAUUAUAGAUUCUCCGAGUCCCUGGAGAAGGAAGUCCCUGCUGACAUACAAGAAGAUGGUACGGCAAUCAACUGAAAGUAACGGACUGACUACAUUUUAUCGCCAAAGUCGUUUUAAACACACAUUAUUUUACAUAUAUGUUUACUGACUAAAUUGAG